AUGGCCACCUCUGCACCCAUCACCGUCACCAGCUCCUCUGCAACCACCACCACCAUGGCCUCCACCUCCUCUGUAACCACCACUGGCCCCACCACAUCUUCUCCCAACACUGGCACCAGCACCUCCACUCCCACCACCGCUACCGGCACAUCUGAACUCACCACACCUACCACCACCCCCACACCCACCACAACAACCUUCAGCACCUCUGCACCCACCACAGUGCCCUCCACCAUCUUUACAACCACCUUAUCCACAAUCACCCCUGCACCCAUCAUGACAGCCACCAGCACCCCUGAAACCUCCAUGGCCACCAGCACCUCUGCACCCACCACCAUGGCCUCCAGCACCUCUUUGCCCAGCACUGAUACCACAACCUCUCAUACCACUACCGACACCAGCACUUCUGCAACCACCACGGCCACCACAACCACCAUGACAACGACUUCUCUACCCACCAUGAUCUCCUCCAGCACCUCUUUGCACACCACCGUCACCACAAAGCCUUCUACCACAACUGAAACCAACCCCUCUGCAACCACCAUGCCCACCAGCACCUCUGCACCCACCACAACGCUCUCCAGCACCUCUGCACUGACCAUGACUGUCACAACAACCUCUGAAACCAUUACGACCACCAGCACCUCUUCAACCACCACAACGGCUUCCAGCCCCUCUUUGCCCACCACCACCACCCGUACACCCUCCACAGCUACCAGCACCUCUGAACCCUCCACAGAUACUGGUGUGUCUGCUCCCACCACCACCACUUCUUCCAUCUCCACUGCCACUUUGGAACCCACCAUAGCCACCAGCACUUCUGCAACUCCCACGAUGUCUUCGAAGUCCCCUCCACUCGUCACAACACCUUCUAGGACUUCUGCACCCUCCACCAACUCAUCUUUCACCACCACUGCAACCAUCUCCGCUUCAUCCACGAAAUCAACUACGAUUUCAUAUCCCAACAACGUGACUUCAUCUCUCAUCACCACCACCAACUCUUCAUCCACCAAGCCCACCACGACUGCACCUCCCACCACCACUCCAGGGAUCUGCUAUAACGGUGGUACUUGGGUGGACGGCCACUGCGAGUGUCACAUUGGUUUCAUGGGUGACGAAUGUACUGUGGUCAUGGACACCAUCGAAACAAACGCUGAGACAAAUGGGACAGUGGAGGUGAAUCUGCGGGUCACCAACCGGGAGUUCACCGAUGAUCUCCGAAACGCCAGCUCUUCCGCCUACUUGGAGUUUGUUGAGAAAUUCACGAAGCAGAUGAAUGUGGUCUACAAAAACAUUCAGGGCUACAGGGGCAUCGAGGUCCAGCGUCUGAGGUGA